AUGAAUGGGAAAUUGGCUGAAAUCAACCCCACAUCAAAUAUAGGGCUUUCCCUUUGUGAGCUUUCUGGUAAGGAGAAGCGUCCAGUAAUUUUUCUUGAGGGCCCCUUGGUACUAUAUGGCUGCUCAAAGAAAAAUUCCUGCAAACUUGUAUCUGAUGACUCUUUCUUUGCUCAUAUUAUGGCAUCAGAAAGCUAUAUUGAAUUCCGAAAAAGUCUUGAAAGGAUGGAUGGCAAGAAUGAACCCUCCCAGCAUAUGCAUAGUAGCAAGGAGUCAGAUGUAGCAACAACCAAAUUGAAUGUUCUUCCAGAAGCAGUUCAAGAGGUCAAAAAGCUCUUUGAAAGCACAGCAACAGUAAUUCUAAAGAGAGUUAAAAUGACAGAGAGAAAGAAGGAAAACCAAACUAAUAAUGUAGACAGAACAAGCUGUAAACGGAAAUUAGAAAACAGUGAAGAACUAGCUGUGAAAAAAGAAGAGACAACAUCAGAGACUGGCGAUCUGUUAAACCCGACACCUCUGCCUCAUAUUUCUCUGAAAAGGAUAAAGGCCAUAGAAAUUGAGUUGGUCUACACUAUUGAGGAGGACAUUUCCUUUGAGUUUGCUGAGCCUGGGGUUUCUACAAGCACACGAUCAGUGUGUGGGGAGUCUGAAAAAGCAGAUGCUCUGGGCACACCCAACGGCAGAGCUUUGCCCCAGCUUGACAUCCAGCUCCAGAAGACCCUCCAGGAGGCCAGCAGUUGCUACGGACAGGAGAACUACACAGCUGCAGUGGAGCAGUUCUCAGCAGCACUGGAGCUUUGCAGUAAAGGUGUUGCUGUAGUCAAUCCCUUCAAGGCAUCUCCAGAAGAUAUUUCCAGUAUCGUCAGUUUUAUUGAGGCAAAGCUUGUAGCCUGCUACUUAAAACUGGGGAAGCCUGAUGAUGCUCUGAAUCAUUCACACAGGAGCAUUAUUCUCAACCCAGCCUAUUUCCGGAACCACCUGCGCCAAGCUGCUGUGUUUAGGCGUUUAAAGAGACACACUGAAGCUGCAAGGAGCUCCAUGAUUGCUGACUAUAUGUACUGGCUGACAGGAGGCACUGAGCAGCGUAUAAGCAAACUCAUCAAACUGUAUUGGCAGUCUAUGAUUGAAGAAGCCAUCACUAGAGAAGAAUUUUUUUCAGUUAUGUACACACCAUUUGUGGGAAAACUGAAGACUGACACAAUAAACAAGAUAAAGGACAUUUUUGCUAAAAACCACCCUGAUUACGUGAAGCACAUAUAUACAGUUCCUCAUGGACAUCACUUCUUGCCACAGACAGCUGAGUGGUCGUCUCCCCAGAAGCACUGGCUGACUCUGGGCUUCAGAAACAAACAUAUUGGAAAAACCUUGGAAAGGUGGUCAAAUAGAAAACUACCAAUCUUUACAGACCGGAAAGCACCUUUCAGUCUUCUCACGGAAGAAGAAACACAAAAAUAUUGGGAUAACACAGGAAAAAGGAUCGUGCCAGUAAUGGAUUUUAUAAGUAGCACCAAAUUAACUGACGAGCACUGUGUGUGCUCACGGGGGAUAGAGAAGUUGCAUUACGCCAGCCUCCUCAGCCGCUUGCAGAGAGUGAAGGAACAGACCCAAGUGAUUAAUCAAGCGAUGGCUGAGCUUGCAACCAUCCCCUACCUGCAGGACAUCAGUCAGCAGGAUGCCGAACUGCUGCAGUCGCUAAUGGCAGAUGCCAUGGACAUCCUUGAAGGAAGAAGUGAUAAAGGACGUGUGUGGAAUCAAAUUCAGAAGAUUGGACUAAUUGAAGACUACUUAUACGACGUAGAAUAUAAUUACUUAAAGAGCAAAAGGCAGAGAGCAGCUCGGACAGCAAGAAGGAGAAUGAUGAGGGCUCAAAGUGUACUAUAA